AUGGAUGGAGUCGUGUUGUUUAUUUAUAUUUUAGUUUGUGCUGUGAAAGUAACUGUGCCAGAAUGUAUACGAGUACACAGAUAAUAAUUCUACUAUUGUUUGCUCUACGGACGGCUUUAGCUGAAAUUGAGAACUUUAAAGGGGAUCACGUGUAUAUAAAUGACUAUGAAGCAUCUCAAUCAAUGCCUGCUAAGAUUAAAAGAUAUAUAAGACAGCCAAUACCUAUACGAAAUACUAAUAAUAGUGCAAAAACAUCCGAAGAAAACAUAGAGGAUACAUAUCCGUCCUACGAUGUGAUUGAAAAAUCUUUUAACAACAUCCUUACUUCUAUGGGAUCUAAAAAUGAACUUAAUACUGCACCUUCAAAUACCUAUGGAAUGAAGCUUGCCGACGAUGACAUCAAUAUUUGGAACAAUAUUGCAGGAAGGAAACUAUACAUUGAUCACCAAAAACAGGGCACUUCCAAUUUAUCAGAUAUAGCACCUGAAAACACUGAAAGUGUUACAAAAGAUAAACAAAAUACAAUAGAAAAUGUAGAGAUCUCUAAAGAAAAUAUAGAAAAUACGAAUGACAAAGUUGAAAUUGAGAGCGACAGCGAAGAUGCGACAUCUCCGAUUUUACUAGAAGAAAUUCCUACCCUCUCUUCUGAAGAUAAUAAAAGUGAAGAAAAUGAUAUCGAAAAUAAACAAAACGAUACAAUUGUAACAAACGAACCCUUAGAAAAAGCAAAUGAUUAUGAUUUAAUAGAAAAAUCUUUUGACAACAUCGUUGCGUUAAUGGGAUCAAACGAUGCAAAGAAUGAUGCAACUUCAAAAACUUAUGGAAUGAAACUUUCAGAAGAUCACGGAUAUAUUUGGAACAAUCUACAGAAACCUGGGGUUUAUUACAAUGUCGGCGAAAUGGAUGCAAAUAAAACCAUUGAUUCGAUGACCACAAAAGAAAAUACUUCGGAACUUUCAACCACAGAUAAAUCGGCUGAAAACAUAAAUUCUACUACUAGUCCUGAAAUAUCUGAUGAAUCCGGUGUUUCUAUAAGUACAGAAAAUUCAACCGACGUUGCAGCAACAGAAAUCAUGGAAAAUAAUACAGAAUCAACUGAAGAAACUACGACAGAAGAAGAAACAGAUGUUGAUGAUCCAGUGACUGAAGUAAAUAAUACAAUUGAAGAGAUACCAUCCGAAAACGUAACACAAGAUUCGGAUGAAUUGUUAAAUAAUAGCACUGAAAAGGCAACUGAUCCCAACGCUUCUGCAACAACAGAAAUCACAAAUAACAACGAUAAAACCACAGAAACCAAUAUUUCAAACCCAGAAUCUGAAGCAGAUGGAACUAAGGAUGACGAUGUGUUUAAAAAUAUAAUGCCAGAAUUACUUGAAAUAUUAAAAAAGUACAUCAAGAAACUUGUGAAAGAGGAAGUGGCCAAGCUAAACUGCGCGAAAAUAGAGACGGAUAGAAACAAUAGCAGCGUAAAUACUGACAGCGUCCCUGAGCUACCGCAAGAAGCUUAUUAAGAACAUACUGAU